AGUCGCCAGCCGGGCGCGGGACCCCCGGCUCGCUGCUUCUUUCCAAGCGCUUCCAGGCGUCGCGGGCAGCCCCCUCUCCGGGACCUUUUGGGGACUGCUGCCCCUCCAGCCUUGGGAUUAAACUCGACGGCCGCGAUCACAGGCGACCCCAGCCUCAAAAAACACCAGGAAAGAUGCCAGCCGGCUUCCAGCAGAUCCGAGGAGAAGAGGAAGAGGAGGAAGAGGGGGAGGCGGUGAAGGGCACAGAGGCGGCUGGGAGUGAAAUUACCCCCGUCUUAAUCCUGUCUGUCCUCACGGCCGUCUUGGGAUCCUUCCAAUUCGGAUACAACAUCGGGGUGAUCAAUGCACCCCAAAAGAUCAUCGAGCAGAGCUACAACGCGACCUGGAGGCACCGCCAAGGCGUGGAGAACGCCACGUCCAUCGAUCCGGCUACGCUCAACAUCCUGUGGUCCCUCUCGGUCUCCACAUUCUCCCUCGGCGGGAUGCUGUCCUCCUUCAUGGUGGGCGUGGUCUCCGAAUGGCUGGGCAGGAAAAGAGCCAUGAUCAUCAACAACGGCCUAGCCUUUCUCGGUGGUGGCUUGAUGGGGCUGGCCAAACUCGGCAAAUCCUACGAGAUGAUGAUCUUCGGGCGGUUUGUGAUCGGGGCUUUUUCAGGAUUUGCCUCCGGACUGGUCCCCAUGUAUGUGGGGGAGAUCUCCCCCACCAAGCUUCGGGGGGCUUUGGGGACCCUGAACCAGCUGGCCAUUGUCAUUGGGAUCCUAUUUGCCCAGGUGUGCGGUCUGGACACCCUGCUGGGCACGGAGACCUACUGGCCCCUCUUGAUGGGCAUCACCGUGGUGCCCUCGAUCCUUCAGCUGCUGCUCUUCCCUUUCUGUCCGGAGAGCCCGCGCUACUUGUAUAUCGUCCGAAACAAGGAGUCUAAGGCCAAAGAAAGUCUCAAGCGACUGACCGGCUGCCAGGACGUGAGCGCCGCGUUGACGGAGAUGAAAGAGGAGAAACGGCGUAUGGACAUGGAACACAAGGUCUCCAUCCUCCAGCUCUUCCGUUCCCGCAUCUACCGCCAGCCGCUACUGAUUGCCGUGGUCCUGCAGCUGUCCCAGCAACUGUCGGGCAUCAAUGCUGUCUUCUAUUAUUCAACUGACAUCUUGACCAAAGCCGGCCUGGAGCAGCCCAUUUACGCAACCAUCGGGACGGGCGUGGUCAACACCAUCUUCACCAUCAUUUCGGUGUUCCUUGUGGAACGGGCAGGGAGGCGAACGUUACACAUGCUGGGCCUGUUCGGGAUGGGCAUCUGUGCCCUUUUAAUGAUGACCUCGCUCCUCCUUCUGAAAAGUGUGUCGUGGAUGGGCUACCUGAGCAUGGUGGCCAUUUUCGCCUUCGUGGCCUUCUUCGAGAUCGGGCCGGGCCCCAUCCCGUGGUUCAUCGUGGCGGAGCUCUUCAGCCAGGGGCCACGUCCGGCCGCUAUGGCUGUGGCCGGCUUUGCCAACUGGACUUGCAACUUCAUUAUCGGCAUGAGUUUCCCGGCCAUCCAGGAGGCGAUCGGUCCUUACGUCUUCCUCAUCUUCGCCAUCCUCCUCUUCAUCUUCGCCGCCUUCACCUACCUCAAGGUGCCCGAGACUCGGGGGCGAACUUUUGACGAUAUUGCCGCCACAUUCCGACGCACCCCGUCGUUGUUGGAUCGCGAGAUCAAGCCUUACACGGAGCUGGACGAGCUGAGUCCGGACGGCCACGAAUGAAGAGCGGGGCGGGAGGGCAGGAAAAAGAAAUGGCGGAGAGGGAAAGGAGACCACAAGGAGUGGAAUCAGGGACGGCGGCAUAAGUAGCAGGGUUUGUCUAGCACUUUAGGGCCACGAGGCCUGGCCGGAGCGUCUCGUGGUCUCGGCCAAUGGUUUCUUUGGUCCGGUUGCAUUUACUUUUCUUUUCUUUUUUUUUAUUCAUAUUUUUAAGAGAAAAGCAAUUAAAAGAAGAUCGUUUUUAUCAAAUGGUUCGGGAGGGCAGGCAUCACUCUCACUUUGCUGUAAAUUAGGCUCUGGAGUAGAAAGAUGCCCUUAGGGUAGCCCUAUUUUGCCUAGAAUCCCCCCCCCCACAUUUCCCAGAGCACUUUCUGAUGCACAAACCUAUUUCUCCCACCCACCCACCCACCCAGGAGAGAGGCUGGCUGCCAAAUAUGUUGUUGUUUUUUUUCAAAGACUUUUCUGGAUUUUGUACCUGGUUGGCUUGGGAUAAUGCUAGGUCCUGAGUUCAUAUUGCACAAGAGCAUUUAUUUAUUUAUUUAUUUAUUUAUUAAAUUUGUAUACCGCCCUUCUCCCGAAGGACUCAGGGCGGUUCACAGCCAAGUAAAAUAGACAAUAUAUAAAUACAGUUUAAAAUACACUUAAAAAACUUAUUAAAAUUGGCCACAAUUAAAAUUUAAAACUAAAACCCAUUUAAAAACCCAUAAAUUUAAAAACUAACCCAGGCCAGCGCAGAUAAAUAAGUAAGUUUUAAGCUCGCGGCGAAAGGUUCGGAGGUCCGGAAGUUGACGAAGUC